ACUAGUGAAGUUCUAGACUAGCGCUAGGGUGGUCCACAUCUCCAUUCAUAGCGGUUUGUCGGAGACCCAUGCGGCCAUCCACCUUCACUGAGUCCGCGCUAGCGCUACUGAGUAUUUCAUCAACCCUCCGUGCCCUUCUUCCGUCUGCUGCUUACCUUCACGUUACACCAACCGCGAACAGCCCCACGAGUUACUGAAUUGCCCGCACUAGUGGUACAUGGAAUUCGCUGUGCAGUAUUUCUGUCUUCUACUUAAAGAUCUUUGCUGAAUUUCGCGGACAACUACUCCCGAAACCCUCCAACAAUGGCCUCCAGCGGCAUCGAUUACCUCGCAAAUGGGCCUGGCGACAAGAAGGUGCAAGGUAUCUCUGUCGAUGAAGAGAAGCACUUUGAGCCCCGGCGCAGCGACUCGGUUGGCUCUGUUAGAGUAGUUCACGACAAUACGCACCGCAAGCUCAAAAGUCGACACAUCCAACUUAUAGGAAUUGGCGGAACAAUUGGCACCGCUCUCUAUGUCCAGAUCGGUCGAGGUUUGAUGAACGGCGGCCCCGCGUCGCUGUUCAUUGCCUUUUCGUUGUGGUGUACUGUGAUCCUUGCGGUCACUGUUAGUAUCGCCGAGAUGGUCACGUACUUACCUAUAUCUUCACCAUUCAUCCGGUUUGCAGGUCGCUUCGUCGACGAUGCUUUCGGUGUCGCUGCUGGCUGGAAUUUUUUCAUCUUCGAGGCCGCUCUUGUACCGUUCGAGAUUGUGGCUUGCAAUGUCAUUAUCAACUUCUGGAGCGAUGCUGUGCCCGUCGGUGCCAUCAUUGCGAUUGUUAUUGUUCUCUACGGCGUGAUCAACAUGAUGGCCGUGAAGUGGUACGGUGAGACUGAAUUUUGGGCAGCUGUUGGAAAAGUCCUGCUCAUCAUCGGUCUCCUCAUCUUCACGUUCAUCUCCAUGCUUGGCGGAAACCCUGAGAAAGACCGCUAUGGCUUCAGGUACUGGAAGAAUCCCGGAUCUUUCGCUCCACUGUACUACGGCGGAGAUCUCGGACGCUUCCUCGGUUUCUUGCAAUGCUUGAUCCAGGCCUCUUUCACGAUCGCUGGUCCUGAUUACGUUUCUAUGGCCGCUGGAGAGACCGAGAACCCUCGAAAGGUCAUGCCUCGCGCCUACAACGCCGUUUUCUACCGUCUCACAACCUUCUUCGUCCUUGGUUCACUGGCUGUCGGUAUCAACGUGCCAUACAACGACCCCGAGCUGAAGGCUGCCUUUGCCGAUGGUAAGCCUGGAGCCGCCGCAUCACCUUACGUUGUUGCCAUGAACAGGCUCAGAAUCGAGGUCCUUCCUCACAUUGUCAACGCUGGUGUUCUCGCUUCAGCCUUCUCCGCUGGUAACUCUUAUGUCUACUGCGCAUCACGCUCUCUUUUCGGUCUCGCACUUGAAGGCAAGGCGCCCAAGGUCCUAACCAAGUGCACUAAGCAGGGCGUUCCCUACCUAUGUGUUGUCGUCGUCCUUGCCAUCUCCCUGCUCUCUUUCUUGCAGCUCGGUGAGAACUCCGCGGUUGUUCUCAGCUGGUUUGUCAGCUUAGUCACGGCGUCUCAGCUCAUCAACUUCUCCGUCAUGUGCUAUACAUUCUUGUGCUUCUACAAGGCGUGUAGAGCGCAAGGACUCGAUCGAAGGACACUGCCGUAUGUUGGUAUUUUGCAGCCGUAUGCAGCGUACUAUGCCCUCACCUGCACGUUUAUCAUGACAUUUGUUGGUGGCUACACAGUGUUCCUGCCAGGCCUGUGGGACGUUCCCAACUUUCUCUUCUCCUAUAUGAUGGUGUUUCUCUUCCCUAUUAUCUUCCUUGGCUGGAAGUUUGUCAAGAAGACCAAGAUCGUCAAGGCGCACGAGGCCGAUCUCGUCACUGAUCUGGCUGAAAUCGAAGAGUACACCCGCAACUUCGUGGCUGUACCGGAGACCAACCGGUUCAACAAGGUUUUGGACAAGCUCUUCGGCUAAGCACUCAGCAGUGAUGGUUUCUAGAAAGACGAGGCUUUGGCUCUCCGGCGGCCAAUGGUGUUAACUUGACGCUUCAGAUCACUCUUGUCGCGAGGCAUGAUUGAGUUCAUCUAUUCUGUCUUUCAUG